CGGAUGCUUGAUUGUCUCGUCAUCGCUUAAAACGCCAGUCAAAAAUAAAUUAUAGUGAAAUAAAAUACCGGGUUUUGUUUCGGGAAAAAGGUGUUGAGAAAUCGGUUGCGUCAAGCUGGCGCCAACGUCAGGCCUCAACACCGGAUGGUCGGAGGAUUCGGAGGAAGAAACAAAAACUAAAGGAACUCGUCAGGAUCGCCAGAUGAAAUCGCAUCACAUUGAUGAACGAUUCAUUCGUUCCCUCUAUUCGAAUCACAUUUUUCUCGACACAAGGAAAAGAAAUCAGUCCCUAAAGUUCGACUGAGGAAGAGAUAUUUACCAUUAUCAAAUUCCAAUGAGAGUCCCAUAGUUUUGACGACUUUGGGUGGACUAGACAACGAAGUAGUACUUUUCUCUGGGGCCAGAAAAGUCGAAGGAAGACGAUAUAUGCGAUAGAAUGUACAGUUGAUCGGCAUGAGGAAGCACUCUCUGAUUAUCCUAUGCUGUUAUCUGUACACCUUGUUUGACAUGGCUGCUUUGCACUUUCCCGACAAAGUAUGCGAGGCUGUCCUUUCCACAGAGGUUGAAGAUUGGCAUGUUAAAGUCGAUAGUCUCUCGUCUCGUACAAUUCGAUUUUCGGCCAGAAAACGCGGGUACCGGUUUUUUCCGAAGAUUGAAAGGGAGAUGGAGAUCGAGGAAUACGGCCGAAAGGAAGUGUCCCUGUCUUUGAGGGACAUUUUGCCAAUAAAUCCGAAGAAUUACGACAAGCACAGGGCACCAAAGUUCCUGGGACAACCAACUAUGGUUUACUUCCACGUCACUGUCCUCAGCAUCGACUCAAUUAAUGAGGAGUCAAUGACGUAUGUAGCAGACAUUUUUUUGGCCCAAAGUUGGCGCGACUCUAGAUUAAGGUUACCAGAAAAUAUGUCAGAGGAGUACAGAAUAUUGGAUGUGGAUUGGCUGCACAAUAUUUGGAGGCCUGAUUGCUUCUUUAAGAACGCAAAAAAGGUUACCUUCCAUGAAAUGUCGAUACCGAACCACUAUCUGUGGCUCUACCACGAUAAGACUUUACUUUACAUGUCCAAAUUAACUCUAGUUCUCUCCUGCGCAAUGAAGUUUGAGUCUUAUCCUCAUGACACUCAAAUUUGCUCAAUGAUGAUAGAAAGUCUGUCACAUACCACGCAAGAUUUGGUCUUCAUGUGGAACAUGACGGAUCCUUUGGUGGUCAAUCCGGAGAUAGAACUGCCACAGCUCGAUAUAGCCAACAACUAUACAACCGACUGCACGAUCGAGUAUUCGACGGGAAAUUUCACCUGCAUACAGAUCGUUUUUACCCUUCGACGAAGACUGGGAUACCAUUUAUUUCACACUUACAUACCCUCGGCUCUCAUUGUCGUCAUGUCGUGGAUCGCCUUCUGGAUCAAACCUGAAGCAAUUCCAGCCAGAGUAACCUUAGGAGUCACCUCUCUUCUCACACUAGCAACUCAAAAUACCCAAUCCCAGCAAUCACUGCCUCCAGUUUCAUAUGUGAAGGCGAUUGACAUUUGGAUGUCAUCCUGCAGCGUUUUUGUUUUUCUAUCACUUAUGGAAUUCGCUGUGGUGAAUAAUUACAUGGGACCUGUUGCUACAAAAGCGAUGAAAGGAUAUUCAGAUGAGGACUUAAGAGAAGCCAUUGAUGAAUUUAAGACACCAAUGAGGGCAGAUUCUGAAAGAAGCAGAAGUCCAAUUCGACCUCCCACAGUUCAAUACGACACUUGCUGUCAAGGUAGAGCGACAGCAAUCUACAUCGACAAAUUCUCCCGAUUCUUUUUUCCGUUUUCAUUCUUUAUCCUCAAUAUUCUGUACUGGACCACUUUCCUGUAAUGAAAAAUUGUAUUAAAAAUGUACAAGCACAUUUUUUAAUAGUCCUCGAUAGUCCUCUGCGUCAAUCUGUGUCAAAUAUAGAUAAAUAUCACAUUAUUCUCGAAUAAUGUGUAUCUUUAAUUAAAAAAUUUGUUGGUCGAUAUUAUAGUACGAU